GUCUUGUCUUGUCUUGUCUUGUCUUGUCUUUUCUCUUUUCUCUUUUCCUUUCCUUUCUCUUUCUUUCUUUCUUUCUUUCUUUCUUUCUUUCUUUCUUUCUUUCCCUUUUUUCCUUUGUGUUUUUAACGAUAGAUGUUUAUGGUUAAGCUCUGCUUGGGCUCAUAUUUUAAAAACUCACACACACACGUGGUUGUGGGUUGUUAUACUGCUUAAUGAAAUACGACUUUAUACUUAAGCUUAUGAUACAGGGUUUUGUUUCUUGGAAAAGAUGGUGCUGGAUAUUAAGGGUUUUUUGUGGACGUUUAGUUCCAAAGAUUUUGCUUAUGAAUAAAAGUUGAUCUUGGACUCCAUGGAAAGUCCUUUGUACAUAGUCGUUCUUCUUUCGGUGUUUGGUAGCAUCGUAAGACAUAGGUGAGUAUUCCAGGACACGGGUGCAAAGGGUGGUCAGGUGCCAUUAAAACACCAAGUGUUACACAUACAUGUGCAUGGAAAUGCACGUUAGGAAGGUUGUAGAAGAGAAAGCACCAAAUUUGCUCAAUACUUUCUUUUGGAAAAUGGAUCGGUUUUAAGAAGUAGGGUAAAAGUGAGUUUUCUUUUUGUGUUAUGUACGUUGUAUUGUUUGAACAUUUUACAAGAUUUGUACAUUCAUUGCUUGUGUGAUUUUUUUUUUUUUUUUUUUGGUAAAUCCCUCAAAUACCAAGUCGUCUUUUAGGAAGAGGCACUGCACACCGCACGUUUGCCAUUUGUGCAGUUGAACAAUUGAACCCUUUUUCCAUACACGUACACUUUCAAAUUCGGUGAAGAAGUGCUCUCUAAUUGGAACUCCUGGUAACUAGGCAUGUCGAUUAAUGGUGAUCAAUAUGCAUGAAGCUUUAAACAUAAUUUAGAGCACAACUUUCUUUCUACGGAUUGUUCACUCGCGGUCUUCUGAGCUCAUAAUAUUUAACAGUAAUUUCUGGCGUGAAUUUAGCAUGCAGCCUCCAAAAGUAUGUUCGGGAACAGAUUCUGUUAGCAGUAGCAGUAAUUGUAAAACGAGGAUCCUUGGAUAAAUCAAUUGACUGCAAGAGCAUUCUGCACGAAGUCAGCCAGUUGAUAAGUAGUGGCAGUCCCGCUGUGCAAACUUUGGCCUGUUCUAUUCUAACUGCACUAUUGAGCGAAUUCUCAAGUUCAAGUAAAACUAGCAACAUUGGGCUCAGUAUGGAAUUCCAUGGCAACUGCAAAAGAGUUUUUCAGGAAGAAGACCUUCGUCAGAUCUUCAUGCUAACAGUUGAAGUUCUUCAGGAAUUCAGCAGGCGGGAAAACCUCAAUGCUCAGAUGUCUUCGGUAUUUCAGCGUUACCUUGCCCUCGCCAAUCAAGUCUUGAGCUGGAACUUUCUUCCUCCAAAUUUGGGCAGACAUUAUAUAGCUAUGUUUGAAUCUUCGCAAAAUGUGCUGUUAAAGCCAACAGAGUCCUGGCGGGAGACUCUUCUGGAUAGCAGAGUUAUGGAGCUGUUUUUCACAGUACAUCGAAAAAUCAGAGAAGAUUCAGAUAUGGCACAAGAUUCUCUUCAGUGCCUUGCCCAGUUAGCUUCUCUUCAUGGACCCAUCUUCCCCGAUGAAGGCUCACAAGUUGAUUAUCUAGCACACUUCAUUGAGGGAUUACUGAAUACUAUCAAUGGAAUUGAAAUAGAAGAUUCCGAAGCUGUGGGAAUCUCCAGCAUUAUCAGCAACCUGAUAACUGUGUUCCCUCGAAAUGUUUUAACUGCCAUUCCAAAUGAACUUUUCUCGUCCUUUGUUAACUGUCUCACACACCUCACUUGUUCUUUUGGGCGAAGUGCUGCAUUGGAAGAAGUGCUUGAUAAAGAUGACAUGGUGUACAUGGAAGCCUAUGACAAAUUGCUGGAAUCCUGGCUAACUUUGGUCCAAGACGACAAACAUUUCCACAAAGGCUUUUUUACCCAACAUGCAGUUCAAGUUUUCAAUUCCUAUAUUCAGUGCCACCUCGCUGCUCCAGAUGGCACGAGGAAUUUGACUGCCAAUGGUGUGGCCUCUCGUGAGGAAGAAGAAAUAAGUGAACUUCAAGAGGAUGAUCGAGACCAGUUUUCAGAUCAACUAGCCAGUGUAGGAAUGCUAGGAAGGAUUGCUGCAGAACACUGUAUACCUCUUCUGACAAGCCUAUUAGAAGAAAGAGUAACGAGGCUCCACGGUCAGUUACAGCGGCAUCAGCAGCAGUUACUUGCUUCACCUGGUUCGAGCACUCUAGACAACAAAAUGCUUGAUGAUCUGUAUGAAGAUAUUCACUGGCUUAUUUUAGUUACAGGCUACCUCUUAGCUGAUGAUACUCAGGGAGAGACUCCGCUAAUACCUCCAGAAAUAAUGGAAUAUUCCAUUAAGCAUUCAUCUGAAGUUGACAUUAAUACAACACUUCAAAUUUUGGGAUCUCCAGGAGAAAAGGCUUCUUCCAUCCCAGGGUACAACAGAACAGAUUCUGUGAUUAGGCUAUUAUCUGCUGUUCUCAGAGUUUCAGAGGUUGAAUCUCGAGCAAUAAGAGCAGACCUCACUCACCUCCUAAGCCCUCAAAUGGGCAAAGACAUUGUUUGGUUCCUAAAACGCUGGGCAAAGACUUACCUCCUGGUGGAUGAGAAACUAUACGAUCAGAUAAGUCUGCCGUUCAGUACAGCAUUUGGAGCAGAUACAGAAGGUUCUCAGUGGAUUAUUGGCUACCUCUUACAAAAAGUCAUCAGUAACCUCUCAGUGUGGAGUAGUGAGCAGGACCUUGCAAAUGACACUGUGCAGCUCCUUGUCACUUUGGUGGAAAGAAGAGAAAGAGCAAACUUAGUGAUUCAGUGUGAAAACUGGUGGAACUUAGCCAAGCAGUUUGCAAGUCGAAGCCCACCUCUGAACUUCCUGUCAAGUCCCGUGCAGAGGACACUGAUGAAGGCUCUUGUCUUGGGUGGUUUUGCACAUAUGGACACAGAAACCAAACAGCAGUAUUGGACAGAGGUCCUUCAGCCACUUCAGCAGCGAUUCUUAAGAGUGAUAAAUCAAGAAAACUUUCAGCAGAUGUGCCAGCAGGAGGAAGUCAAGCAGGAGAUCACGGCCACGCUGGAGGCCCUGUGUGGCAUUGCGGAGGCUACCCAGAUUGACAACGUAGCAAUUCUUUUUAAUUUUUUGAUGGACUUCCUUACCAAUUGCAUUGGAUUGAUGGAAGUUUACAAAAAUACCCCAGAGACCGUCAAUCUCAUAAUAGAAGUUUUUGUGGAAGUUGCACAUAAACAGAUAUGCUAUCUUGGAGAGUCCAAAGCUAUGAACCUGUAUGAAGCCUGCCUUACUUUGCUGCAAGUAUAUUCUAAGAAUAACUUGGGGCGGCAAAGAAUAGAUGUUACAGCAGAGGAAGAACAGUACCAAGACCUGCUUCUCAUCAUGGAACUUCUCACUAACCUUCUGUCAAAAGAAUUCAUAGAUUUUAGCGAUACAGAUGAGGUGUUCAGAGGACAUGAGCCAGGGCAGGCGGCAAACAGGUCUGUGUCCGCGGCUGAUGUUGUUCUGUAUGGAGUGAACCUCAUUCUGCCCCUGAUGUCACAAGAUCUUUUGAAGUUUCCAACCCUUUGUAAUCAGUACUACAAAUUAAUCACAUUUAUCUGUGAGAUUUUUCCUGAAAAAAUACCACAGCUUCCUGAAGAUCUUUUUAAAAGUCUGAUGUACUCUCUAGAACUAGGCAUGACAUCAAUGAGUUCGGAAGUUUGCCAGCUUUGCCUGGAAGCUUUGACGCCAUUAGCUGAGCAGUGUGCAAAAGCACAGGAAACAGAUUCACCACUUUUUCUAGCAACACGGCACUUUCUAAAGCUGGUUUUUGAUAUGCUGGUUUUGCAAAAGCACAACACAGAGAUGACCACUGCAGCCGGUGAAGCUUUCUACACGUUGGUGUGCUUGCAUCAGGCUGAAUAUUCCGAGUUGGUUGAAACAUUACUGUCAAGUCAGCAAGACCCGGUUAUUUACCAGAGAUUAGCAGAUGCCUUCAACAAGCUCACCGCAAGCAGCACUCCUCCGACGCUGGACCGGAAGCAGAAGAUGGCCUUCCUAAAGAGUUUAGAAGAGUUUAUGGCAAAUGUUGGUGGCCUCCUUUGUGUAAAAUAAACAACAAAACUUUAUGCUUAAUUUA